UCAGUUGAUGACGUCAGUCGUUGACCCUUAACCCUAGAUGACGACCUUACUCGCAAAGAGAGGUCAACACGUUGUUUAGGGGAUUGCUAUUGGAAGGAAAAUCUCAAUAAAGUUGUGACUUCAACUGUCAGAUUUGAACUUGGGGGAAAAUAAUCAAAAUAGACAAAAAACGAUGUAAUCAUAUUUGAGUUAGUGCGUUUUUUAUUUCAGUCAAACAAACUAUUCCCAAAUUUUAGCCCAACCAUCGACCGAGUUUGUUGACUGGAAAUUCUAGUGGUACUUAGGGGUAAUUGGAAAUAUUGAUGGCAUGCUGCUACAUUUCCUUUCGGGGAGGAUAUAAAGACACUAAAUAAAGCGAUUUUCACACUCAAUACCUACAACCAGAUCUAAUGGAUCAGUUUAUAUAUGAAAUAGAAAACUAAAAGAAAGAUGAGUAAAAAACAUAACUUGGGAAAUUAGAAAUGUGUACGGUCAAGCCAUAGAUUUAGAGUUAUCUACCCGUAGUGGGUUUGACAACAUGGCGGAGGAAAGAAGCAAAAGUUUGGAUCAUGUGGAUGGAACCGCAGAAACAGUUAGUUUUGACAUUCCAGAGCUUGAUGAUGCAGAAUUUGAUUUGCCAACAGUUGAACAUCCACCAACAUUAGAGAGCAUUUUAAAUGAAGGACAUGAUGAAGAUACGCUAUCUAUAUUAGAUGAAGAAGAUAUACCUUCAGCAGUUCAGAUAUUUAAAACAGAUUCUGGAGAAACUUCAUCCCUAUCAAGUCAAGAUAGUUACCUGAGUGACAAACCACGGAAAAAAGACAAGAAAAAGAUUCUGAAGAAGCCAGUACAUGGUUCUGUUCUGCGACCAUGUAGAUUAAAAAGUUUAUCUGCUCAACUAUUGUCAGCUGCUGAUCGAGUUGAUGCUGGGAUGCCGACAGCUAUUGCUGUUUCAUCAUUAAUAGCUAUAGGAAGUUCUCAUGGGUUAGUUUUAGUCUUUGAUCCCAAGCAAGUGUUAAAAUGGUGUUUAGGAAGUACUGCUGUAGGAGCUCUGUAUGGUUCAGUAUCAGCCCUGAGUUUUAAUAGAGACUGUACAAGACUACUUUGUGGCUUUGCUAAAGGGCAGAUUACUAUGUGGGAUUUAACUAAUGGUAAAUUAAUAAGAACUAUUUCAGAUGCUCAUCCACAAGGCACUGCUAUACUUCAUGUAAAGUUUACUGAUGAUUUAACGUUAGCUGUGUGUAGUGACAGUGGAGGUUCUGUAUUUGAAUUGGAGUUUAAGAGACUGAUAGGUGUAAGAACUUGUGAAUCAAAAUGUCUGUUUUCUGGAAGUCGAGGAGAAGUGUGUGUUAUCGAACCUCUUCAUAUGAAUUAUACUAUUAAAGAUCAUCCCAUGCAAGAUGUCACCAUCUUGGCUAUGGCUUCUUUGUCUAAGGUGUUAGUUGUUACGCUACGUCCAACACUUAAAGUUAUGUUUAUGCAGCCACUGAAGGGUGACCCGGCCACUUUACCAUUAUUAGCUUGGCAGUUUGUUAUUAUACAAGUAUCAGAAAAAGACAGAGUGAUUGAUCCAGUUCUAGCUUUUGGACGUGAUCAAACUAUCCACUUCUAUCAAGUCAUCUGUAGAGGUGCACAAGAUAUCAGGUGUUCUGGUCUACAGAAGAUUGAUCUACCAUAUAAAUUACUGAGUAUAAAUUGGUUAAAUCCUAGAACUCUAGUAACAUUAGAUACAUCAGAAAAACUACAUGUUAUAGAUGUGAGAUCAGAAGAAGAACUUGAGGUUAUAGAUAUAUCAGAUGUUCAAUUAGUCUAUGGUUCUAGCCAUUUUAAAUCAUUGGCUACAGGUGGCAAUGUUAGCCAGGCUUUGGCGUAUGCUGGGGGACAAGCUUGUUAUCAAUCCGUUGCUUCACAUGCCUCCCAGUUAUUUACUCUUGGUACUAAAACUGUUAAUAUUUAUAAUAUCAGAGCCUGGAGUGAAAGAAUUGAUUUUUUAGUAAAACAGAAUAAAUAUCACGAAGCUCUAUCUCUAGCUCUAUCUUUCUAUGAUGGUAAAGCUAAAGCUGUUGUUAGUUUGACUGGCUCACAAUCUAAGAAAAAGGAAAUAGUCUCCAAUCUAAUAUUAGAUCUAGUAUUUGAAUAUGUAGAUUUAUCUAUGACUAAACUGUGUCCAGAUAAAGGUAAAAUGGAAGAAUUGGAGGAAUAUUAUCAGGAAAUUGUACCAGUUUGUGUUGAUUAUUGCUUACAUUUAAACAGAACUGAUGUAUUGUUUGGAAGAAUAUAUGAAAAGUUUGGUGAAGAUAUUAUUGCUCAAGGAACAUUUUUAGAGUGCUUGGAACCAUAUAUACUUAGUGAUAAAUUAACGGCUAUACCACCUGCUGUCAUGAAAGAUUUUGUAACUCAUUAUGAAAGUAAAUCUAUGUUAGAUAGUGUAGAAGCUUGUAUUGUACAUCUGGAUAUAGCCAAUCUAGAUAUUCAUCAAGUUGUUAGUUUAUGUUGGAAUCAUGGAUUAUAUGAUGCUAUUAUAUAUGUAUAUAAUAAAGGAAUGUAUGAUUUCUGUACACCAUUAGAAGAUUUAAUUACUUUAUUAAGUAGUGCUAUCAGUACAGGAAAACGCUUAACAAAUGAACAAAUAAAACUAGGGAAUAAAUUACUGGUGUAUAUCAGUUGUUGCCUUGCUGGUCGAGCCUACCCAUUAGGUGAUAUACCUCCAGAACAUAUAGAAAAUGUAAAAAAUAAGGUAUUUGACUGUAUCACUUGUCUUCAUACUAAAAAUCCAAGCCCAGAUGAAUCCGCCUACCCACAUCUAAGAUCUUUACUACAAUUUGAUACCCGUGAAUUCUUAAACGUAUUGGCACUGGCUUUUGAAGAAUCUGAUUUCAAUACUCAAAAUGGAAUUCAGAAGAGACAAAGAUUAGUUGAUAUAUUAUUAAAGAUAAUGGUAGAGAGUAUUGGUUUUACACCUGCACAAGUUGGUGUAUUAUUUACGUUCUUAGCAAGACAGAUGGCUAGACAUGAAAAUACCAUUAUUGUUAACAGAGUUCUCUUUGAACAGGUGUUAGAGUUUCUAUCUAAUCCUGAAGAUGAAUCUCGUCAUGAAGAACGUCAGCAAGCUUUAAUGGAGUUGAUACAUGCUGGUGGUUUAAAACAAUUUGAUGAGAAGAAACUAUUAAAAUUAGCUGAGAAUGCUAAAUUCUUUCGUGUUUGUGAAUAUUUAUAUGAAAAAAGACGAGAAUAUGAUAAAAUUCUCUCAUGUUAUUUGCAAGAUCCUUCCAGAAGGUAUCAUGCAUUCAAUUAUAUCACAAGUAUUAUACAGAGUGAACGACCAGAAAAAGAGAAAGAGAGUGUAAGAAAAGAAGCUUUAAAAAGUUUAGAAGAUUUGGUAUCUAUUGAUUGUAAACAAGCAGCCCAUACAGUUAUUACUAAUCUAGCUAGUAAUCUACGAGAUAUUGUACAUAAAUUAAAACCCCAACCACAAAUACUGUUUGAAUUUCUUCAAGGAGUUAUUACAUAUAGAGAUGCACAGAGUAGUGCUAUAAAUGCUGAUAAACAAGUACAUAUAGAAGCUGAUAUAAUAGAGAGUUAUAUUGAUUUAAUGUGUCGUUAUAAACCUGCUGAUGUACAUAAUUUUAUUAAAGUUACAGAAGGAUACAGGCUAGAGGAGACACUGGAUAUUUGUCGUCAGUAUAAAGUAUCAGAAGCCACAGCCUAUCUACUGGAGAAAGCUGGUGAUAUUCCUGGUGCAUUUGGUAUUAUGUUAGAGAGUGUUCAAGCUAAAUUAAGAGUAUUUACAGUAGCCGCUCAAAAAUCAGAUGAAUCAAAUAAUACUAUAACAGUUUUAUUCCAAGAGGUUGAAGCUGCUUUACUAGUUAUUAUUCAGUUAUGUCAACGUAGUUCUGGCAAGAUGGAUGAAGCAGAAAGAGAGGCGUUAUGGUUUCCGUUGCUUGAGACUGUCAUGUUACCAUUACGUAAACUGAAAGAUCUAACAGACAAAAAAAUAUUACAAGAUUUAAAAGCAAUGACACAUCAUGUAUUAAAUAGUAUGAUGGGUUAUAUAUCUCCUCCAGCUAUUCUACAGAAAAUACUUCAGGAUCCAGCUUAUAAUACUGGUAAAUUUGGUGAAGUUAAAGAAUUAAUUAUCGGAAUGUUAGAUAAUUAUAAUUAUGAACAAACUUUGAUGAAAACUUGUAAAAAUUUAUUAUACCAUGAUCUUCAUGUUCAUCUACGUAAUUUAACGGGUGCUGCUUCUAAAGGUUUUGUACCAAGAGGAGACAACUGUCAUCUGUGUUGCCGUAGCUUUACAAACUCAGCAGACUCAGAAUCUGUGGUAGUUUUCAGGUGUAGUCAUUGUUAUCAUAUUGGUUGUUUACGAUCUGUUGGUUCGGUACAUGUUAUUGAUGGUUAUGAUAAUUUGGUGUGUUAUAUCUGUAAUAAUGCUAGAAAGUCAGGAAGAUUACAGAGUUCACGAUUUUAUCGUCAUAUUUCGGUCUCUAAUACUCAACCAGCUAUAGUACAGAGAGGAGAUACAGUAACCAAAGAGAUCUUGUUAGAUCCACAACAUACGCAAGACUUUAAAUAUAUCAGAAAAUCCAUGAAAACAAAAUCAAGACUAGCAAUUUUAACUGAAUUGGCACGUCCAGAGAAAUCCAGAAGUGAUCGUUCUGGAAGUAAAUCCACCAUAUUUAAAACAGAAAGUUUCCAAUUAAAACUGGCACCACCACCACCUAUGGAACUAUAGAUUUCUUCAAACAUUUGUAGACUCUUUUAUAUUCAAGAUGAUAAUUUGUUUUCCUGAUAUGUCUUUGAAAUCAUAAAAAAUUUGGUCAGGGUUUUACUACAGUGGUGUAGAAAACAAUCACAUGCCAAAUAAUGUUUGCCUUUCAAAGCUGUCUCCCAAUAUCAUUACAAAGCCUCAGCAUCAUAAUGAUGGGGGAAAAAACUUUUGUGCUUGACAAAUACUCAUCAUAUACAAAUUAACUAUCAUGGGUUUUUGCAAUUAAAACACUGAAAGAAAAUUUAGGGCAGUCAAUGAUAGUUUGUUUUGUCAAGGCAACAUAAUGUACUUAGAUGCCCCAAUUUCGGAACUCUGGAACUUGACAGCUUUUUUUCAAACCAGGAGAAAACUAAAUGACUUGAAAGGACAUUUUUCACCAGCUGCAUAUUAUUCAUAUUUAUUGUAUAUUCAAAACAACAUAAAAGACAGAGCAAAAAAAGUUGACACUCCGUUUACAUGUUCCAUAAAAAAUACAAAGACAGUUUUGAUUUAAACAAUGUGAAUAUUUUAUUGAGAGGAAGAGGAAUAAGUUUCUCAUGUCUGGAGCAAUAGUGUACUGGCUACAUGGCAGGGUUAAAGAUCAAUGGGGUCUAGAUAACUAAUUACACGAGUCAAGGACAAGUCCUCGAUUAAGUCUUAUGCAAUCUAAUCAUUAAUAGCAUAUGUGGCCGCUGUAGGCAUCGAUACAUGCCAAAAUGCAUCUCUUCGUGGAUGUCGUCAGUCAUCUUAUGAUGUCAUUGGGAAUCCUUUGCCAUUCUUGCAAUAAAGCUUGCUCAAGCUGAUGUCAGUUUGCAGGAAAAGGUGUCCGUUGCCUCAGUUGCCAAUCAAGAUGAUCUCAGAGGUGCUCUAUUGGGUUCAUGUCUGGAGAACAUUCUGGCCAAGUUAAAGCGUGGACGUUAACAUUGUUCCAAUAAUCACAAACCAGUCUGGUGGUAUGUGGUUGGGCAUUAUCAUGCAGCAAAAUGGUAACCCUUUGUUGCUGUUGUAUGAAUGUACUGCCACAGGUUGCAGAACUUCAUCUCAAUAACUUUGGCCAUGGAAGAUAACAAGCCUUGUUCUCUGCUGGUCACAAAUCUCUCCCCAUAUCAUAAUACCACCUCCACCAUGAGGAUGAACAUCUUGAGUGCAGUUAGGUGCCAAUCUUUAAUAUCUAUGGUGAUAAACACGAACCUAGCCAUCAUUUCUGAACAGGUUGAAGUAACUUCCAUCUUUGAAGAGCACACAUUGCCAAUCACACCGCUGCCAUCAACGUACAGUUAUUGACCAUUGUAACCUGCGCUGACAGUGUUGAUGGCUCAAGUUCAAACCUCAAAAUAGUCAAUAGGCUCUUAUACCAACAAUGCGGAGCCGUCAGGAGACAGUGUGUCUGCUUAUGGAGUGUCCCAAUGCUGUGGCCGCCGUUGCCGUUACGAACCCAAUCUGGAGGUGAAUUGGCCGAAUAUAGCAGUCUUCAGCUAGAGUUGUGACCCUUAGCCUUAUGGAUCUUGGUCGGUGUUGUGUUCGACCUGUUUGCUGAAACCGCCAGAUUGCUGAUGUUGGUUGGAGUGUAGUGGAACGUUCUUACGAUUCGCCGUUGAGAAGCCCCCAUCUGUGCCAUACCAAUAGCCCUAUCUCAUUCUUCCAGUGAUAAUCUUGGCAUCUUUGUAGAGGUUUUUUGCUCAUACUGAAUCCCCAAGGUAUCUAGACAACUAUCAUCCAUAUGCAUCUUGAGAAAAUACCCACAAUCCUGGUUUUACGAUUUUUCGCAUCUGCCUGAAAUUCAGCAUAUCCUGCAUUCAGUGACUGCGAUGUGUUCACGGUGAAUAUUCUUUCAAAUGUUUUCUGAUGUCUAAUUGCAACUUUAUUGUAUAGAUAAAACUAGAUUUAUAUGUGUCAACUUUCUUUUGCCCCGUAGUGUGUAUAUAUAUAUAUAUAUAUAUAUAUAUAUUAUCAUUUACUGCCUAUAUUCAUAUUUUUGUAGCAAAGGUGAAAAUCAAAGUAGACAGAAAUUAUUACAUUCCAAUAAAUAAUCAAAUUAUUCAUUAUCAGCAUAAAGUGAUGUAUAAUAUAAGGAACAUUUAUAAUGUUGAAUAAUUUGUGAUAAAAAUUUUAUAUUUAUUUUUUGUUAUCACACUGUAAGUGCAAUAUAAUAUUAUAAUAAAUUGUUUGUUAGAUUUGAA